AUGGCUACCCCUAGUGUCCUCGCGUUUGACGCUGAGGGUCGAGCCAUUGACUUUGAGGUCUGGGUCGACGACCUGCAGCUGUUCUUACAGUGCGAUAGGGCAGACGAUCUCUCUCUCUUUGACCUCACCUCUGGCGCCUCUCCUGCCCCAGCUGCUGAUGCUGACCCCACUGUUCGCUCCCAGUGGGCCACGCGAGAUGGUGCUGCACGUCUUGCUGUGCGUCGCCACCUGCCUACCACUGAGCGCGUGCACGUUAGUCAGUACAAGAGUGCUCAGACCUUGUACGACGCUGUAGUUGCGCGCUACUCUUCCCCUGCCACUGCUGCACUGAGCCGCCUCAUGCUACCGUACCUCUUCCCUGUCCUUGCUGCCUUUCCCACAGUCGCAGACCUCAUUACGCACCUCCGCACUAGUGACACUCGCUACCGCGCCGCGCUUCCUGCUAUGGGUGUUCUCCUUCCCCCCUUUUGCCAUCUGUCGCCUCUGCUGCUGCGACCGACCUCGUUGGUCUUGAGUCGGUCGGUGCGGCGUCUGCCCCUAGCGAGAGACGCCGCUCUGGCAAGGGCAAGGGGGGCAAGGGCACGGGUGGAGCUAGCGGGGGCGGUGGAGGUGGCGGUGGAGGCGUCGGAGGGAGUGGGGGUGGCGGUGGGAGUGGUGGCGGGGGUGGAGGUGUCGGUGCCAGCAGUGGAGGCGGAGGCGGCGGAGUCGGCGGCGGUGCUAGCGGAGGCGGCGGUGGUGGCGGAGGUGGAGGAGGCGGUGGUGGAGGAGGUGGCGGUGUUCGGGGUGGCGCUUCGCAGCAGAGCAGCCCUGGUGGUGGUCAGCGCCAGCAGCAGCAGCAGCAGCAGCGUUCUCGGGACAUUCCCCCCCCUCAGCAGCUCCGUGAGUGGUACGCGCAGCGUCAGCGUGGUGGGGGUUUUGGUCCGUGCACCUAUGUCCUUCACUCCGGGUGAGCAGUGUGGGGGUGCCCAUCCCACCCAGCGCUGCUUUGGCCGCCUAACGGACGCUUGGCGUCAGCAGUUCCCGGAGGCCAGUGAGAUCCCCCGCUGGGGAGAGCUUUCUAGGGCAGGCGUAGCUAUCUAUGAUCUUGACUUUGAUGCUAUCCUUGCUGCCAUGUAUGCUGUGACUAUUAGUGAUGAGGGUGACUGUUACUGGUGUUUCCCGCCCAACCCGGGCAUUGGUACUGCUGCUCUAGGUGCUGGUGAGGCUGCUGCUCUAGGUGCCAGUGCGUCUGCGCCCUCAGGUGCUGGUGAUUCUGCGCUCUCAGGUACCACGUCGGCUUGGGCCUCCCUCACCUUCACACUUGACUCAGGGGCUUCUCGCUCCUUCUUUCGAGACCGCACCACACUCACGCCGCUUGGUCGGCCGGUUGCAGUCUCCCUAGCAGACCCCUGUGGAGGUCCUGUCCUCUCUCACUUCUCCACAGUCCUCCCGUGUCGAGCUGCCCCCUCUGGUACCUUGUCUGGUCUUUACCUCCCCUCGUUCUCUACGAACUUGGUGAGUGGUGCUGACCUGCAGCAUACGGGGGUUCACAAGUUUACUCUUGCGAGUCAGCGGGUGACCCACUGCUCGGACGCUCACACAGGCCGGCACCUGGCCACGUUAACGCGUCGGCCGGGGUCGAGCCUCUACACCCUGACCUCUAGGUCUCCUCCUGUCCCUGCGUCUAGCCAGAUAGCUGCGUCGGGUCAGGUGUUUGCUGCAGCGUCCAGGUCUGGUCCUGAGUCUGCCCCCUGCUCGUGUCGCCUCCUGUCUCACGAGACUCUCUUGUGGCACCACCGUCUUGGUCACCCCUCCCUUCCUUGUCUCCGAGGCAUGGCUUCCCGUGUCCUUGUCUCUGGUCACCCCUGGUCCCUCCCUCCCCUUCCUCCAGGGCCUGGUCCUUCCUGUGUUCCCUGUGUCGAGGGGCGGCUCCGGGCUGCCCCUCACUCCUCUCAGUUUCCCCCGACAGAGGCCCCGCUGCAGACGCUUCACAUGGACGUGUGGGGCCCGCCCCGCGUCCGUGGACAGGGUCACGAGUGCUACUUCCUGCUGGUGGUUGACGACUACUCGCGUUACACCACAGUCUUCCCCUUGCGCAGCAAGGGUGAUGUCACUGAGGUGUUGAUCGUCUGGAUCCGCGCAGCUCGUCUCCACCUCAGGAGGAGCUUCGGCUCGGACUUUCCUGUUCCGCGUCUGCACUCUGACCGAGGCGGAGAGUUCUCCUCUAGCCUUCUGCGAGCCUACUGCCGUGCGCGAGGCAUCCGCCAGACCUUUACACUUCCGGACUCUCAACAGCAAAAUGGGAUUGCUGAGCGCCGCAUUGGCAUGGUCAUGGACGUCGCUCGUACGUCCAUGAUGCAUGCGGCUGCCCCGCAUUUUCUGUGGCCGUUUGCGGUUCGGUACGCGGCGCAUCAGAUCAACCUUCACCCCAGGGUCUCCAUGCCGGAGACCUCCCCAGCUCUGCUAUGGACGGGGAAGGUAGGCGAUGCGUCUGCGUUCCAUGUCUGGGGAUCUCGGGCGUUUGUCCGCGACUUGUCUGUGGACAAACUGUCUCCUCGUGCUGCUCCUUGUGUCUUCCUUGGCUUCCCCCCUGACGCACCAGGGUGGCAGUUCUACAACCCCUCCUCUCGUUGUGUUCUGUCCUCCCAAGACGUCACGUUUGACGAGUCGGUCCCCUACUACCGUGUGUCCCAGGUAGACGCUGUCGAGCCGGUCGAGGUUGCUGGUGACUCUGGUGCUGCUGCGGGUGCUGAGCCUGGGGGUGCUGACUCAGGGGGUGCUGCGCGAGUGGGUGCUGAGCCUGGGGGAACUGAGCCUUGGGGUGCUACGACUGAGGGUGCUGAGCCUGGGGGUCCUUCGCCUGGGGGUGCUGCGUCUGGAGCUGCUGCGCCUGGGGGUGCUGCGUCUGGAGCUGCUGAGCCUGGGGGUGCUGCGUCUCGAGCUACUGAGCCUGGGGGUACUGCGUCUAGAGCUGCUGAGCCUGGGGGUGCGGAGCCCGCGGCCGCUGGACCUGCUCGUGUGGCGUCUGGCGGUGCUAGGCCUGGUGGUUCUCCGGGUGCUUCGUCUCGGCGAGAGCCACUCUCUCCACAGGAGCUGCGCGAGUGGUUUGCCCGGCGCUGGAGGCGUACUGCUGGAGCUGGUGCUUCUUCGGCUGCUGAGGGUGCUGGUGUCGGCGGUAUCGAAGGUGCUAGCCUUGGGAGUGCUGGAGCUGCUAGGCCUGCGAGUGUGACUGGAGUCGGAGCUGCUGAGGGUGUUGGCGCUGAGGCUACUGCUGUCAGUCCUAGCGGCGGUCCUGCUGCGGGUGCUGCUGGUGCUGCUGGAGUUACUGGAGCUGGAGGUGCUGUUGGCGUUGGUGCUGCCAUUGGGGGUGCUGGUGCUGUCCCUGCUGUGUCUGGAGUCGCCGCGUGGCCUCGGCCGUACUUUGUUCCGCUCCUUCAGCAGGUUCUUGGUCUUCCUCCUCCCUUAGAGUGUCCACCGCCUGUCCAGUCGCAGUCACAGUUACCGCCGGCCUCCCCACUGCCUGCUCCUUCUCCCUACACUGGUCCUACUGGAGGUCUUGCUGAGCGUCGUGAGCCUGCGUCUCGUCUUGCGUCGUCGGUUCGUGCUGCUCGCGCUAGUGGUCGCGGUUCGCGUCAGCGUCCUCCUCCUGUCCCUGGCACGCACCGGAUGUCUCUGCGUCAGUCCACUGCUCCUCUGCGUGCCCCUUUGCCUUCUCCUCCUGAGUCCUCUCUUCCUGCCCUUGCCGACCCGGAGUCGGACUCUCUUCGUGCUGCCAGUCCUACUGUCACGCGUCUCCUUGGUACUGUCGUCACUGACCCCUCUUUUGAGUCCACUGCUGCGUCUGCUCUUGUUGCUGAGCUCGUCGACUUUGCUGCUCGCUGUCGUCUAGACUACGCUGCUAGUCUCGUUGCUGAGUCUGCGUCUGUCUGUCCUCCGUCUGUCGGGGGUGAGUCUGCUCUUGGCACGGACGUCCUUGAGGACAGGCAGGAGGAGUUCCAGUGUCUGGCUGCUGCUUCACCUCAUCUCGUGUCCGUACUGCUUACCCCUGAGGGAGACCCGGAUGCACUUGACAUCCCGACUCCGCGCUCUUACGCGGAGGCCGUAGAGGGUCCCUACUCCUCUCAGUGGCAGGCAGCUAUGGAUGCAGAGAUGGCUUCCUGGAAGUCCACAGGCACCUACGUUGACGCGGUUCCCCCACCUGGGGCGAACAUCGUCAGUGGCAUGUGGAUUUUCAGGGUGAAGCGGCCGCCGGGUUCUCCGCCUGUCUUCAAGGCGCGGUACCUGGCUCGUGGCUUCAGUCAGCGGCAGGGAGUUGACUACUUUCAGACCUUCUCUCCCACCUCGAAGAUGACCACUCUUCGGGUGCUGCUACACAUAGCCGCUCAGCGUGACUACGAGCUUUACUCCCUUGACUUCAGCACUGCUUUCCUGCAGGGUAGCUUGAACGAGGAGAUCUGGCUGCGCCGUCCACCUGGCUUCACUGGGACUUUCCCUCCUGGCACCCAGUGGAGCCUCCGACGGCCAGUCUACGGUCUCCGCCAGGCACCGCGCGAGUGGCACAACACACUGAGGACUACGCUUGCGGCUCUUGGGUUUGCUCCCUCUACUGCUGACCCGUCGCUGUUUCUACGCACCGACACCUCGUUGCCGCCGUUCUACAUCCUCGUGUACGUCGACGACUUGGUCUUUGCCACUGCUGACACUGCUGGACUCGCCCACGUGAAGUCGGAGCUGCAGAAGAGACACACGUGCACAGACCUGGGUGAACUGCGCAGCUACCUUGGCUUGCAGAUCACCCGGGACAGAGCACGCCACACAAUUACCCUGACUCAGUCACACAUGGUGCAGCAGGUCCUUCAGUGCUUCGGCUUCACGUACUCCUCGCCUCAGGCCACUCCUCUGCCUACUCGCCACUCGCUCUCAGCUCUGCCUUCGGAUGAGUCCGUAGAGUCGAGUGGCCCGUACCCAGAGCUUGUUGGCUGCCUCAUGUACCUGAUGACCUGCACACGACCUGACCUUGCAUACCCUCUUAGCAUUCUUGCACGCUAUGUUGCUCCUGGGAGACACAGACCAGAGUACAAGGCUGCAGCGAAGAGGGUGUUGCGCUACUUGUGCAGUACGUCGGACAUGGGGCUAGUGCUUGGAGGGCAGAGUCCAGUGGUCCUCACUGGGCACGCGGACGCUUCUUGGGCUGACGACCAGGCUACGCAGCGGUCGUCACAGGGUUACACCUUCAGCCUUGGUUCUGGCUCUGUUUCGUGGCGGGCUACUCGCUCGUCUUCUGUUCUCGGCUCCUGUUGUGAGGCCGAGAUCUACGCCGGGGCCAUGGCUGCACAGGAGCUUUGCUGGCUCACCUACCUGCUGACCGACCUUGGAGAGCCGCCUCGUUCUCCUCCAGUUGUGUACGUAGACAACAAGGCGAUACUGGCCUUGUGUCGAGAGCAAAGACUGGAGCACAGAACAAAGCACAUUGCUCUUCGCUACUUCCUUGCUCGUGAGCUACAGCAGCGUGGUCAGUUGCGGCUUGCGUACGUGGCCUCUGAGGCCAACACUGCUGAUGUUUUCACCAAGGCACUUGCGCCUUGUGAUCAUCAGCGCUUCUGUAGUCAGCUUGGUCUUGUGCCUGUCUUGCCUCACUUGCUCACUUCUUGA